AUGGUGGAGAACAACAAUCCAAUUCACAAAAUAUGUGUAGUUGGUGACGAGAAAGUCGGGAAGACUACUUUAAUUCGGUACUUAUGCACCGGAUCAAUAUCUUCAACUGAUUUGGAUGACAACACGAUGAUACUUCCUACAAAGAUUAAUCUGCACGAUGUCAAUCUUCUCUUUUGUGAUUGUAUCCAAACAGACUCUAACGGCACUUUCUUUAAUAAUACAGAAGUAGUGCUCUUAAUGUUCGCUCUCGACAACAAGAACAGUUUCAUCAAUGUUUCAGAGUGGCUCAAAUACGUUCAGGGGUACAUCCCCAAUCCAUUCAAAUAUGCAAUAGUAGCAACUUGUUCCGACAAGCCCCGUGUAGUCAGUGCUGAAGAAGGGCGAUUAGUCGCGGAAAAAGUUAAUGCACCGUAUUUGGAAAUCUCACUAAAAUCAUUCGAUGGCUUAGUCGAUGUCAUGCAAUUCAUCUACGAAAACAUCUCGGUCAGAUUUUACCCACAAAGUCCUCCAAAAAGCCCAAAGAGGAUUCACAGUCCAAUUCUUUCGCGUGUUAUCCAUUUCUAG